AUGAUCAUUACCACCACCAUCACAUUCAGCGACAGCAGCAUCAGUAGCACCAGUGAAGGCGAUCAUAACCAUUCCAAGAAACGUUUCAAAAACCCAAAGCCUGACUACUCCAGUGGAGACAAAAUAUCCUCAUUGUCAGAUGGUGAUCCGUAUGAAGUUAAUUUGGUCCUUAGAGCUGCGGGAAGAAUGAAAACCACAGAGUACCUCUUGCAUCGAAGCAUAUCCAGUUUCGCAGAUCAACUCCAGACAAACUUCACCUCUGAUCUAAGACAAAUCUUGCACAUUGUGUUCCUUAUGGACAUAUCCCCCUCGUGGGUACACUAUCGAGUUGGUUCCCUCAUAAAAUCCACCCCCAAUUCCAGUUCGAAACAAUACCGGACGCACUCGCAACUGUGGAGGAGGCUUCAGCGGAAUAUGCUCUUCAACUUCAACACCCUUUUCCGAAUUUGGCCUGACCAAAUCUGUUGGUGUGUUUCGCGAUUGUUUUGUCCAUCAACUGAGAGAUUAGAAAGAAAAUAA